AUGUCAGUUACGUCCAAAAAUUCCUCCCACCGGCGGAAGGACUCCGGCGAGAUCGUAGUUUUCGACGCGGCCCGUUACUUCGCUGGCAUUGAUGAGAACCCAUGCUACCACAGCUUCUCUUCCUCCGCUGCCUCCCGAAUGAGCCUAGACAUGCCGGCGAUCAACGCACACAAUCUCCAGUCGAUUCAGAAGCAAUAUUUGAUGAGAGAGAAGAAGAAAUGCAGGCAGCCGAGCUCCCCCGGCGGCCGGCUCGCCACGUUCUUGAAUUCUCUCUUCAAUCAGGCGAAUUCGAAGAAGAAGAAGAAAUCGAAGACGAGCGCCGCCGUCGAUGACGCCGGAGACGAUCAUGAUCGGAGAAGGAGCAGCAUCAGCCAUUUCAGAAUUACGGAGAGUUAUUGCGAUUCGAAAUCGGCGGAUUCCGGCGGUGCAGCGCCGCCGUGUUACGCCAAUACACCGACGAAAACGUCGUACGCGGAUUUGAAGGGCUUUUCCGAUCACCAGAAGGCGGCUUCUCAGCUUAAAAAUGGGAAAAUUGGGAACGGGCGGCUGAGAUUCAACAACGGGAGCUUUAGAAACCCUACGACGAAAUGGACGGCUGAUGAUGAAGAUGAUCAAAGGAAAUUUGAUGAUGGCGAAGAUUCGGAUUCGAGUUCGGAUCUAUUUGAUUUGCCCAACUUGGAUUUUUGCUCGACCGGUUUGCCCGUUUAUGGGACUACGGAUAUGGAUCGGAUCCGAAUCGGAGCUCCACUUUCCAGCGCAGCGGCAGUGUAA